AUGUACCAGGAGGUGGCCUUCCUGGCAGGCAGCUCUGAGCACCAGUUCACCAGCUUCAGCUUCAAACAUGUAGAGAACCCACAGGAGGUCACCCCCAACAAGGGUGUGUUCUACAAGCGAGCCCAGCUCCUGCUCCACCCUCAGCCCCACCAACAGGGUGGAGAUGAUGGGGCAGCCAUUAUCAAUGUAGGGGGUAUCAAGUACCGGAUCCCCUGGUCAACGCUGGAAGAGUUUCCCUUAUCAAGGCUGGGGAAGCUGCGCAGCUGCAGCAACGAGGCCGAGAUCAUGGACGUGUGUGACGACUACGACUGCAGCUGCAAUGAGUAUUUCUUUGACCGAAGCCCGUCGGCCUUCCGCACCAUCGUCAGUUUCUUGGCGGCAGGAAAGCUGCGGCUCCUGAGGGAGAUGUGCGCCAUGUCCUUCCAGGAGGAACUGCUGUACUGGGGGGUGGAGGAGAAAGACCUGGACUGGUGCUGUCUCAGGAAGCUGCGGCUCAGGCAGGAGGAGGUCAAGGAGCAGCAGAGGCUGGAGGAGGAGGACACGGAGCUCACGUCACCGCAGUCCUGUGAGGAGAGCCAGCAGCCUCCAGGCUCAUGGGCUCAGGAAGAGACUCGUACGGAGGGGUGCAUGCACAGACUGAGGGACAUGGUGGAGAACCCCCACUCUGGCAUCCCAGGGAAGAUCUUCGCCUGUCUGUCAGUGAUAUUUGUAGCCAUCACUGCUGUGACCCUUUGUGUCAGCACCAUGCCUGACCUCAGGGAGGAGGAGGAGAGGGGUGAGUGCUCCCAGAGGUGCUAUAAUAUCUUCGUGCUGGAGACGGUGUGCGUGGCCUGGUUCUCCCUGGAGUUCCUGCUGAGAUUCAUUCAGGCGCCGAGCAAGUGUGGGUUCCUGCGCACGCCUCUAAACGUCAUCGACGUGGUGGCCAUCCUCCCCUACUACAUCACCCUCAUCGUGGACUCUCUGUCGGUGGGAGGCAAACCUGUGGGGUCAGGGAACAACUACCUGGAGAAGGUGGGCCUAGUCCUCAGAGUCCUGCGAGCUCUGCGGAUCUUUUACGUGAUGAGGUUGGCCCGACAUUCCUUGGGUUUGCAGACCCUUGGCCUGACAGUGAGGAGGUGUACACGCGAGUUUGGCCUGUUGCUGCUGUUCCUGUGCGUGGCCAUGGCCCUUUUCUCCCCACUGGUGUUCCUAGCCGAAAGCGAAUUGGGCGCCAAGCAGGAGUUCACCAGCAUCCCCGGGAGCUACUGGUGGGCCGUCAUCUCCAUGACCACGGUGGGCUACGGAGACAUGGUGCCCAGAAGCAUCCCUGGCCAGGUGGUGGCGCUCAGCAGCAUCCUCAGUGGCAUUCUCCUCAUGGCCUUCCCUGUCACGUCCAUCUUUCACACCUUUUCUCGCUCCUACAUAGAGCUGAAGGAGGAGCAGAACCGGGCAUCGAGGCAGAAGCCAGACUCACAGGACAGCACCAAGUCCCAGAACAGCGAGGACUCUCAGGAGACGGACAGCUACCACGGCAUCACGGAGGCCGCCGCCUCAUCCAUGCAGCGGAGAAAGUCCUUGGCUGCUCACAGGGCUGCUGAGAUCAGAGCACCUAUGAAAACUUAG